AAUUAGCAGAGAAUAAAACGAAGGAGAAGAAUAAAAUUCUCCUUCAAAUUGUACGUGACGGCAAAAACAUCUAUUCGGAGUCUUCAUGUUCAGCGUUUCGAGAGAAAAUUAGACAGAGAAAGAUGAGGAAGGACAAGGGAGUGGUGAUGGCAAGCCCUAGCAAUAAUGUAGAAGAUGAAUUGGAUGAAGAUGACUACGAAGAAGGAUCUGCUCCUGCUUCUGCUCCUCCUCCUUUUCCCGCGAAACCUGCUAGAAUAUCCACUCGUAACGCUUCCUCCAAGUAUGAUUUUGUUAAGGUUAAAGUAUGGCUAGGUGAGAAUGCCGAUCAUUACUAUGUUCUCUCAAGGUUUUUGCUCAGCAGAAUGUUAACUGUCACUAAGAUACCAAAUCAUGUGGCUAUUAAAGUUUCCCUAGAACUUAAGAAGCUUCUCGUGGAUAACAGCCUUCUUGAUGUCUCACAAUCAGACUUGGAAGCAAAUUUGUUUAAGCUUAUGGAGCGGCGAGGUUAUGGAGAAGAGUAUAUAAACCGUUACAAGAUGAUGACGAGAUUUCACCAUCAAAGAGUACCUUUGGUUAUUCUUGUAUGUGGCACUGCAUGUGUUGGAAAGUCGACCAUUUCUACCCAGGUUGCACAGAGGCUGAACUUGCCAAAUGUCUUGAAGACAGAUAUGGUCUAUGAACUACUCCGCACAUCAACAGAUGCACCUUUGGCAUCUUCUGAUGUAUGGGCACGAAAUUUCAGCUCCCCCGAGGAACUAAUAACAGAAUUUUGCAGAGAAUGCAGAGUAGUUAGGAAAGGUUUGGCCGGUGAUUUAAAGAAAGCAAUGAAAGAUGGGAAGCCAAUCAUAAUUGAGGGAAUGCAUUUGGAUCCUAGUAUAUACUUGAUGGAUGAGGAGAACAAAUCACCAUCAACUGCCCGAGCAAAUGAGGAAGGGCCAAAUUCUCUGAAAGUGGACUACAAAAACAAAACACAAAGUGAUGUCACUUCAGGAACUGAUAGUCAUUGCAACAGCAAAGGUUGCAAUUCUGAGAAUGUGAUUUCAGUGGAAGGAGUAUCUGCUGAUGAGCUAAAUAAGGUUACAAGUGCUCUGAAGUCUUUAUUUCCUGAAAUUAAAGAUGAAGCAGUCAAAAGUUCACCUGUUGAUAAAAAUCCCAGUGGUAGAAAAGAGAAAUAUGGCGCUCAACCAAUUGUCAUUCCUAUAGUUUUAAAAAUGGCUGAAUUUGAUCAUGAGGCAUUACUUGAGGAGUGGAUAGCUAAUAGUGCAAGCAGAAAGAAAUUGCCAAUCCAGGACAAGGAUAAAUUAAUGAGCAACUUAAAAACCAUUCAGAACUACCUUUGUUCAUUCUCAUCACAGGGUUUGACAGUUGUCAACAUAUCAGCUAAUACAUUUCCACAAACGCUGGAUUGGCUGCAUAAUUAUCUUUUGCAGCGUAUCGAGGAGGGGGUUUGGAAUGCUUCCUGUGGAAAUAACAUGCAGGCUGCAAGAGAAUAGAUUGCAUUGUCACACUAUUACCCCCUGAUCGAGUUAUGAUGUUCUUUGCAGUUUAAUUAACAUAAUCCCGUGGGUUGAAGCUUGAUUUGUUCUCUGCAACCAAUAAGUCUAUCGGAAGUGCCUGCUUUGUAAAUUAUUACCCGCUCUGUAAAUAAUUUAUCUGUAUCUAGACAAGUGAAACUGCAAGAUGGCUUUGAAUUUUGUUCUCUUUCUCCUAAGACCACCAUUUUGAA